AUGACUGACGACCGAGGCCGUGGCAGCCCGCCCGGUACGGGCGCCGGAACGCAGAAACCAGCGUUGAAAGGCAUCAUGCUGUCCCGGCAGAAGGACCUGCCCAAGCUGCCGGUGCCGCAACUCAAGGAGACCAUGGACAAGCUGCUGCUCAGCCUGGCGCCUAUCGUGCCGCCCGAAGAGAUGAGGCACACGGUGCAGAACCCUCACUGCCUUUCUGCACCUUCCGUCAAGCUCAUCACGAAAUUCUCGGAGAGCGGAGAGGGAGAGCAUUUGCUGAGGCUACUGACGCAUCGGGCCAAACACACAGAAAACUGGCUAGACGAGUGGUGGAUGACGUCGGCCUACCUGGACGUGCGCACGCCCCUGCCAGUGCACCUCAGUCCGGUCGGCCUAUUUCCCCAGCAGACCUUCCAUUCCGAAGAAGAGUUCCUCAGGUACGCUGCCAAACUCGUGGCUGCCUUGUUGGAGUUCAAGGACCUAAUUGACAGACAGGCCCUUCCCCCGGACACGGCGGGCCACAUGGCACUGGACAUGAGCAUGUACUUCCGGAUGUUCGCCGUGCACCGCGUGCCCAGGCCUCAGAGGGACGAGCUCUUCUUCUACGCGGACGGCCCGGACCCCCCGUCCCACAUCGUGGUCAUGCACAACAACCGCCUGUUUCAAGUGAACGUGUACAGCAAGCAGGGCGGGCGUCCCUUCAAGGAGCGUGAACUGUACCCGCAGCUCGUCGAGGUUAUGGAGCGGUCCCGCUCGGUGGGCCCUCCUCUGGGAUUCCUCACCACCAACGACAGGAACAGCUGGGCACAGGCCUACGAGAGACUCGCCAUCGAAGGGGGCAACGAGGACCGACUGGAACUGGUUCAGCGAAGCAUUCUGAUUUUGUGCCUGGAUGAACCCAUGACUCUGAUGAAGCCCUGGGAAAUACACAACCCGCUGUACAUGCUUGUCGGGGGACCGAACGCAGAGUAUGGAGGAAACCGCUGGUACGACAAAACACUCCAGUUCGUGGUGGGAGCUGAGGGGAACGUUGGCAUGAUCUUGGAGCACUCGCCCUGCGAUGGCACGGUCGUCGUUCCCCUCCUGGAUCACACCUUCACCUACAUGAAGAAGACAUCCAAGCAGACCCCAGAAUCGGCUUCCCGCUUCAACGAGAAACCCUUCGAGAUUAAGUUCGAACUCUCUGCGGAGACACUCGCUGACAUCGAACAAGCAAAGACCAAGAUGGAAAAGUUGGCAAGGGACGUGGACGUGAUUGACUACCGCUUCGAAGAGUUCGGCAAGAAUUUCAUCAAGACGUGCAAACUGAGCCCCGACAGCUUCAUCCAGGUCUCCUUACAGCUCACUUUCUACCGGUUGCAUGGUCACACUCCGUCCACGUACGAGAGCGCCUCGACGCGGAUGUUUUUGCUGGGCCGCACCGAGUGCAUCCGGUCGCAGUCGAUGGAGAGCGACGCCUUCUGCCGAGAGUACGUCAAGGGCAAGCUCAACUUGUCCGAGACAGAGGUACUGCUGCGAAACGCCGUCGAAUCGCACAAGGAGUACGCCAACAUGGCGAUGUACGGCAAGGGAGUGGAUCGUGUGCUUUUGGGCCUCAGGAAAAUUGCCGAAGAAAACAACCGACCUGUCCCGGAGCUCUUCAGGGACCCAGGCUACCUGAAGGGCCUCACGUACGCCCUCUGUACCAGUCAGGUCACAGCAAGGAACGACAUCCUUAUGUCCUUCGGCUACAUUGUUCCAGGGGGUUACGGGGUGUGCUACAGCAACCAGGAUAACAACUUCCGCUUCAGCAUCUGCACCAAGCGGCACGACAACGAAGGUUUCACUGCUGAAGGGUUCCGCCGGACGCUGCAGCUCACGCUCGACGAGCUGGGAAACAAAUUGCUCAUGUUGCAGACGGCCAAGCUGUGAGCGAGUCGACGCGAGGACGGGCGCGCCGUGAAGUCGGCGGCUUUUAAAGAGAAGUCGUGAUGAUAAGCGAGGAUCUUUUAGUUUUGCAAUGAGAAAGCUAUUGCUCCUUUAUACGCGAUUACUGUGGAAAUCGCCGACAGCAACUUCACAAUGGUGCCACGUUUCCUUUGGACAACCUGCGAGGGAAAGUUCACGAGGGCUAUAUCUUGUGACCUUAUUGAAAUUUAACAAAUCUAAAUAAAUGAACACGCAUGCAAUUUAC